UACCCUGGUUGUUUGUUUUCACCUUUAAACAGACCUGCAGUUAUUCAUUUCUCAUUCUCCCAUCUCCAUUAACCCUAAAAUCGAUGAUACAGGUAUGAAAGUCACACCAGCAGCCCAGAGGACAGUGUGAUUAUGUAUUCUAUCGCUCAUAACUGUCUAGUCCUUUAAGAUAGCAGGGCGGGCAUGCUUUCCGCCAUAUUCGUUCUCACUUCCCUCAGGUUCAACUUCAGUGUUUUCGUUCGCUCCAGUUGUACAACUAUUUGGAUAAGGUGAACUCAAAGAAACAGAAAUGUUUGCUAGAAUGUUUCACCCGCUGGUUUGGAUGUAUUUUGUCACCUGUGCACAGCUUUCUGCUUCUGUGGACACGGAAAAAAUUACAGUUGAGUCUGGUCAGAACGCCACUCUGCCAUGUCGAGCUCAAAACAACAACAUUGAAGUUGUGGAGUGGAGCAGAGCUGACCUAAAGGACAAACAGUAUGUCCUUUUGUACCGAGAUGAGCAAUUUGAUCGGACCAAACAGCAUCCAUCUUUUAGUAAUCGGGUGGUUCUGCGAGACAGACAGAUGAAGGAUGGAGACGUGUCUUUUAUUCUGAAGAAUGUGACGACUGCUGAUGCUGGAAAAUACGAGUGUCAUGUAUUACUAAGUGGAACAAACCGCAAGAAGAGAUCUGUUUAUGAUACAAAGCCCAUUAAAUUUGUUGACCUGAGUGUUGAUCCUCCAGGUCAGACAGGAGGAGCUGUUGGACUGAAAGAUGGUCUGUCACCGUUUGCUGUGCUUCUUGUUGCUGCGGUCAUUUUGUGAUCAUACAGAAAAUAUAUCAGCAAUAUUCAUAUCAGCAUCUAGCUAAACAGUAUCUUAUGUGAAGUAUCUCAGGGCUUUUUCCAGCUUAUCUGUGAGUCUCCUGCUGCUGAUCAAAGUUAUCACUGUUGUUAGUUGUAGCAGUCAUUAAUUUGCUCUGAAGCGUCAUGGAAGGACAUUUUGAAAAACUUUGACAUUACAAUUAAUAAUCAGACUACUCUACCUCCAGAGGAACAAACACUUGAUCAUUCUCCCCCUUAGCAAAUAGUAGGACUGCAUUUAGAGAAGAAAGAAGAAUGAAGUCAUUGGUUUGUGAAUGUGAUUAGUAAAUUAUAAUCUAAUGAAUCCCAAAGAUUGAAUGUUGGAUUUGUAGAAUUUAGAUUAAUUAAUUAAUUAAUUAAUUUAGAAAGUAAAUUGUGCCAUUUAUGUCAAGUUCAGAGUUUCACAGAUUUCAGUCUAAGUACAGACUGGUCCAAACAAUACAGUGUUAUACUUUGGUUGAUAUUGAAAAUGGACAUCAUCCAAGAUAAUCUCAUAUCAUUGUGUAAUCUGAAUCUCUCCAACACAGUUGUCUCCACUUUUUUAAAGAUUGAAACAGCAGCAGGUCACAUGAUUAAUUUACUGCAGCAGACUGAACAUUUAGCUUUGUGAGCUAACAAUAUUUUACACCUGAUUAACAGUAUUUAAAUAUUCUGCUUUGUUAUAUUAACUGUGACAUUAUGUAUCCAAACCAAUCCAACUUUUUCUUUUUAUAAAGCACUUCAGAAUAGCAAGUAAAGGACCAAAGUGCUGUAAAUAAGAACAAUAAAAUAAAACAUCCAUCGAUCCAUUUGCUUCCGCUUACCCUUUUCAGGGUUGCGGGGGGCACUGGAGCCUAUCCCAGCUGUCUUAGGGCGAGAAGUAGGGUACACUCUGUCGCAGGGCUUAUAUGUGUAUAUGUAGUUCUUUAACUACAGUAUUUAACAGAUGAAUUGCAGUUUAUAUUUAAACCUCCUAAUGCAGAACUUCACUCCCUAUUGAGUUUCUGACUGCAAGUAGAAACCAGAAAGGCGGUUGUUGUUUUUUUAAAGUGAGAACACAUCUCUGUAUUUCCCCCAGUUUCUCAGAAUGACAGAGGAAGUGGUUUUUACAGAGAACAAAACGGUUUCAACAGAAACAUCAGGUUGAAGUUGGACAACACUUCACUUAGAUAACAUGCACGUUUUAAUUUUUGGUUUGAUUUUUUAGAACUGAAUUUUAUUGCCUUUUCCUUAUGUGAGAAAGUUCUUUGGAGAUUUUUUUUCUACUUGCGCUCAUAUGCUCAUAAUUCAAAUGUUUAAGAAUGUAAAGAGCAUUUUACUGUGAAAUGCUGGCUGUAUGCUAUAUGUUUAUUACAUGUUAUUAAAAAUUUGAUCAGAUAA